GAAAAAUUACACCCUAUACUAAUAUUAAACAUACAUUAUAUCUUAAUGUUUUUAAUAAGGUGUAACAUGGACAUUUUGUAUUUCAAAGUCAUAUUUGCAUCUGCUGCAGCACAAUCAUUUAGCUCUAUUCAAUGGACAUCAUUGGUAUUCUUAACUCCAUAGUUUUCAUUGCUUUAUGCAUAUUUAUACCUUCUCCAAAAUUUUCCAUAGCAGUAGAUACUAUAAAACUCUCCCAGUCCAUCACUGAUGGCAUGACCUUGGUUUCACAAGGUGACAAAUUUGUACUUGGUUUCUUCAGUCCUUUGGGUUCCAACAAAACAUACUUAGGAAUCUGGUACAAGAAUAUCCCCAAGAAAACAAUUGUUUGGGUUGCAAAUGGUGUCGAACCCAUCAACGGUUCCUCCUCCGGAACCUCCGGGAUUCUAACACUAAACAACACUGGCAACCUCGUCCUCAAACAAAAUGACAAAGUAGUAUGGUAUACAACGUCUCAACAAGGUUCCCUGAAUCCAGUUGCGCAACUUCUGGAUUCAGGGAAUCUUGUGGUAAGAAACGAGAAGGACACAACGAGAGAAGCCUAUUUGUGGCAGAGUUUUGAUUACCCUUGUGAUACAAUACUUCCGGGGAUGAAGUUGGGUUGGAAUCUUAGAACUCGUACAGAGAAGAGAAUGACGUCUUGGAAAAGUCCUGAUGAUCCGUCGCCAGGAGACUUAUAUUGGGGUUCAUUACUUUAUAAUUACCCUGAACAAUAUCUUAUGAAAGGAACAAAGAAGUUUGUAAGAAUUGUACCGUGGAAUGGAUUGCACUUCAGUGGUGUACCAGAUCAAAAGCCUAACAACAUUUAUGCUUACAAAUUUGUGUCUAAUAAGGAUGAGAUGUAUUAUAGUUAUACCAUGGAGAAUGAUUCUGUAAUUACAAGAAUGAUGAUAAAUCAAACACAUUGCUUUAUGCAUAUUUAUACCUUCUCCAAAAUUUUCCAUAGCAGUAGAUACUAUAAAACUCUCCCAGUCCAUCACUGAUGAGGGAUCCAAUGUUAUGUUGACUAUUCUUCCUUAUCUUUGGAGAUCAAAAAUGUGGUGUUUGCUUUGAACAAGGAUGGAGCGCCUGGCCUGACGGUUAAGGAGCAUUUUUCUUUCAAACUUUUUUGGUAUAUUAUUCAUAAAGAUGUGGAGUUAGAAACUUUGGAAUUUUUCAAAACAAGUUGGUUGUUGCCUAACUUCAAUGCCAAUAUCCUAUCCCUUUUGCCUACAGUUAAUGGGGCUAAUUCCUUGAGGCAAUUCGUGCCAAUAACUAUGGCAAACUUCAAGUUCAAGGUGAUUACAAAAAUAUUGGCAUACAUGUUAGCUUCUAUGAUGCCUGACUUAAUCUCUUUUAAGAAGAUGGGCUUUAUAUGUAGCACCCCAAUUUACCCCGUCGAAUAUUAAUAAAAUCAGAGUAUAAAAAUCAUCAUUAAAAACAAUCCAUCAAAAUCAGGAUGUCACAUUUUCUUCGUAAUAAAAACAAUUGCUCAUAAUGAUAACAGAUACAUAACACAUAUAAACGUAUGAACCAUUCAAAACAAUAUAGUCUUCAAAAACAUCCUUUAUAACGCAUCGAAAAUCAAUUAUAAUUCAAAUAGAAGUCAAGAGUAACAUGGUUCGACAAUAGUCAACAUCAAUAAUUAUAAAACUUCAACAAUUACUUGAAAUUUGACAAUA